AUUUACUGGUAGUCUGGCUCAUCAUUCUCGGGUCUUAUUUUUAUCUUCUGAGUUCCGACACUCGCUUCCACCAUUCAUUCGAUUUCAGCAUUGUCCAAUUGGUCUUAUUCUUCUGUUGCUAUACACUGCGGGAACAUGGUCAACCUCUCAGAUCCAGAAUCCUUCCAAAAGCCCCCCAGUGAGCACCCAGUCACUGCAUCGCAAGACAGCCCCCCUCCCCCUCCCCUCGACCACGGCAAAGAUGCCUGGCUCUUCCUCGCCGCCUGCUUCGUCAUGGAAGCUCUAGUCUGGGGCUUCGCCUUCACCUACGGUGUCUUCCAAGACUACUACAGCACCCUCCCUGCAUUCCAAAACUCCAACAGCAUCGCCAUCAUCGGAACCUGCGCCAUGGGAAUCAUGUACCUCGACCUCCCCAUCAUCUUCACCCUCUACCGCCAAUACCCCACCCUCCAACGCACCGGCUGCGCCCUCGGCGUCCUCCUAAUGUGUCUCUCCCUCGGCCUCAGCUCCCUCUCCACCACCGUCCCCCACCUCAUCCUCACCCAAGGCAUCUUCUACGCCAUCGGCGGCAGCAUCGCCUACUCCCCCUGCAUCCUCCUCAUGGAAGACUGGUUCGACAAACGCAAAGGCCUCGCCUUCGGCGUCAUGUGGGCCGGCACCGGUCUCGGCGGCGCGAUCCUCCCAAUCGUCAUGCAACGUCUUCUCGACCUCUACGGGUUCCGGACCACGCUGCGAGCAUUCGCCAUCACACUCUUCAUCCUCACAGGCCCGCUAGUAUACUUCGUCAAACCCCGAGUACCGGCGCCCAAGCGGCCAUCGAGUCGGAUAUCCAUCCCAAACCUAAAAUUCCUCAGCUCAAGCACAUUCCUCCUCUUCCAAGCCUUCAACACCAUCGAAGCACUCGGCUACUUCCUCCCCUCACUCUACCUCCCCACUUACGCCCGAUCCAUCGGUGCCUCGGGCACUCUCGAAGCCUUAACCGUCAUUCUCCUCAACGUAGCAUCCGUAGCCGGAUGUGUCUGCAUGGGCGCCAUCAUCGACCACCUCGACGUAACAACCUGCAUUCUUAUCUCCGCGGCCGGAUCAACCCUAGGUGUUUUUCUCCUUUGGGGAUUCUCUGUCUCGUUACCACCAUUAUUCAUCUUCGCUAUCGUGUAUGGGCUCUUUGCGGGGUCGUAUACGAGUACCUGGCCCGGGGUGAUGCGGGAUGUCGUGAGGAAGGAAGGGUCCGCGGAAUCGAGCAUGGUGUUUGCGUGUUUGGCGGCGGGGCGGGGAGUCGGGAAUAUUGUCUCUGGGCCGUUGAGUGAGGCGUUGUUGAAGGGGAGGCCGUGGGUGGGGGAUGUGGGGUAUGGGUUUGGGAGUGGGUAUGGGUCGUUGAUUGUGUUUACGGGCGUGACGGGGGUCGUGGGGGGAGGGAGUUAUUGCGUGAGGAGGAUGGGGUGGUUGUGA